AUGCUAGAUCAGGCGGAUGAAGAUGCUCUCCACAAGUCGCGUCUGCUGAAUGUCGAGGAAAAGCCUUUCAAAAGAAUUUCCAAGCGCCUUCUAAACCCCGAAUCGAUCGUCAUUACGAAUGCGCCGCUUCCUACGCCCCCGCCCGAGGGAACCGACGAAAAGGCUGCGGCGGCUGCGGAGGCAGAGAAACAGAAAAAGCUGGAGGAAUGGCGUCAAUUUCGUGAAGAUGCAUCGCUAGACUUUGCGGCCUUUGAGGGCAGCAUUGCACGAAUACAGUUCCUGCUCACCAGCAACGAGAAGGAAAGAGAACGAUACGUAGCCGAGAAGGAGCGAAUUCUUUCCACGAUGCAGGCAGUUCGCAAUAGCACUACCGAGCUACGCGUUCAAUUGGAGGAAGCGCAACGAAUUCUAAUACUAAGGAAAAGCUAUGACGAACAGACGGAAAAGAUCACCAGCAACAGACUGCUGAAGCCGCGAGAAGAUCAGCAGGCAAAUCUGCAAAAACUGCAGGCGGAGAUUGCAGAGUUGGAAAACGAGAGCAGAGAUUACGCGAAGACUUGGGCAGAGAGACGAGAACAAUUUGGUCGCAUUGUGGAAGAAGGAAUGCAGCUUCGGCGAUUGAUUCGAGACGAGAAGGAGGAGGUAGAGCGUCGAGAAGGCAUGCAAGAGGAUGAGGAUGAAGACGAUGAGAAAGCUUCCAAGGGGAAAUUGAGCGGUGCCAACACACCUCGGCCAGAAGAGAGCUCAACGCCUUCCCAGCCAGGUCAAGAUGAAGCGAGUCGUUCGCCUCUCGCAGUACCGGCGGACAAAGCCACGCCUGGAGCUACGACACCUCUCCGGCAAGUUACCACUGCCGAAACAGACAAAGAAGACGCGACCAUGGUGGACGAGGGCGAGGUGACGGGUGAUGAGGGCGAACAACAUGACGAUCUUGAGGAAGGCGAAGAGUUACCGGAUGACCGCAACGGCGACAAAAUGGACACUACAUAG